CCGGUUCACGAUUUUCAGUUGGGUUAAAAAUUGACCCUGGUUUAAAUUAUUGUCCUUUCCCUUCCACAGUUUCGACUCACCCGUGGUUAAGUCUCUCGACCCCUCAUUCGACGCAGACAGACACAGACAAGAGAGAGAGAGAGAGAGAGAGAGAGAGAGACUUUUUAUUUUUCCUUUUCUUUGGUUUCUUAUUUUUCAUCUGCUGCUGCAUUGAAGGUGGAGGAGAAGCAGAUAGAGAGGCUGAGGUUUUGUUUUGCAGAAGUGGAAGAUUGAAAGCGACUAUAGAUAGUAAAAAGGUGGAUUUUCAUUUAUUGGUGCUAAAAUCGAUAAGAUUGUUUGAUGAACUGGGGCAAAUAUAGGCCGGUGGUAAUUUAAUUUCGUCAGGUUUCAUCAAAGUUGCAGCGGAAGAGAGUGUUUUAACGACGGCGUUUGCUGGUAGAUUGUUUGGAAACUUGGGUUGGGUUUUCAGUUUUCGUUUGAGGAGUUUGAGAGUGUAGCAAAUGAGAGAUCUGAGCUGAAGAUUUUUAAAAAAAUGACUACUUCGGAGGUAUUGAUAAAAGGUAAUUGUGUUAACGGAAGAGAUAGUUUUUCUUCGGGUUAUACUGAGCAAAAUGAUGCUAGGAACGCCGUGGAAGGGCAGAACGGUCACUCCGCUCGUUCAGCCGCCGUCAGGGAUCCGGAAACGGCGUUGUAUACGGAGCUCUGGCAUGCAUGUGCUGGACCUCUGGUGACGGUUCCCCACGAAGGGGAGCGCGUGUUCUACUUCCCUCAAGGUCACAUAGAACAGGUUGAGGCGUCUACUAAUCAGGCAUCGGACCAACAGAUGCCACGGUAUAAUCUUCCAUCAAAGAUCCUUUGUCGUGUGAUUAACGUGCAGUUAAAGGCUGAAUCAGAUACGGAUGAGGUUUUUGCGCAAGUGACUUUACUUCCGGAACCGAAUCAAGAUGAGAACAUGGUGGAGAAGGAGUCUCCCAUUCCUGAACCCCCUCGGUUCCAAGUGCAUUCCUUUUGCAAGACCCUAACGGCUUCCGAUACUAGCACCCAUGGCGGGUUUUCGGUGUUCAGACGGCAUGCCGAUGAAUGUCUCCCACCAUUGGACAUGUCACUGCAACCUCCAACACAGGAGUUGGUUACUAAGGAUUUGCAUGGAAACGAGUGGCGAUUCCGUCAUAUCUUCAGGGGUCAGCCACGGAGACACUUGCUUCAAAGUGGUUGGAGUGUUUUUGUUAGCUCCAAGAAGCUUGUUUCUCGGGAUGCAUUUAUAUUUUUAAGGGGUGAGAAUGGAGAACUACGUGUCGGUGUACGACGAGCAUUGAGGCAGCAGUGCAAUGUUCCUACGUCAGUAAUAUCAAGUCACAGCAUGCGUCUCGGUGUUCUUGCUACAGCAUGGCACGCCUACACAACAAGAACCAUAUUCACUGUGUAUUACAAACCUAGGACAAGUCCAGCCGAAUUUAUUGUUCCGUUUGAUAAGUACAUGGAGUCUGUAAAGAACAAUUACUCAAUAGGGAUGAGGUUCAAAAUGAGAUUUGAAGGUGAAGAAUCUCCCGAGCAGAGGUUUACUGGAACGAUAGUUGGAAUUGAAGAUUCUGAUCCAAAAGGAUGGCAGGAUUCCAAAUGGCGAUGCCUCAAGGUGCGGUGGGAUGAGACAUCUGCCAUACCUCGUCCCGAGAGAGUUUCGCCAUGGAAAAUUGAACAACCUUCAACUCCGCCUGUCCUGAAUCCCCUUCCAAUGCAGAGGCCAAAAAGGCCGCGGUCUGUGGCUGUAUCAUCAUCCCCUGAUUCUUCUGUGCUUACUAGGGAAGGUUCAUCCAAGGUUAAUGCAGACCCUUUACAAGCCAGUGCAUUUUCAAGGGUCUUGCAAGGUCAAGAAUUCUCGACCUUGAGAGGAACAUUUGCUGAGAGUAACAAGUCUGACACUGCUGAAAUGUCGGUGAUGUGGCCACCUUCAGCAAAUGAUGAGAAGAAUGAUGUCCCUGGUGAAAGAAAAUUUGUGUCAGAGAAUUGGAUGUCCUCUGGGAGGGGUGAACCAACAUACACAGAUCUGCUCUCAGGUUUUGGGUCAAAUGUUGAUUCAUAUCGUGGAUAUCGCCUCCCCUUGGUUGAUCAAUCUUCAAUGCCUGGUAAUUCAAUGGGAAAACAUUUACUAAAUCAAGAAGCAAAGCUUGGCUCUUUGUCCCUCGCGCAAUCGGGUCUCUCACUCAAGUUAGCUGACACUAGUGUAAACCCACCUUUGCAAGAUUCUGGUGUGCCUUAUCAAUCACAAGGAAGUGGUAGAUUUAGUGGUUUUGGUGAUUACCCUGUACUUGAAGGUCGUAGGAUUGAGCACUCACAUGGUAAUCGGUUGAUGCCUCCUCACCCAACCUCAUCUUAUUAUGAGAAUUCAGUCCAUGCAAGAGAUUUGAUGCCCAAAACAUCAUUUGUUCGAGAACCUAGUGCGAAGUCUAGAGAAGGAAAUUGCAAGCUCUUCGGUAUCCCUCUCAUAAGUAAUUCUAGUGCAUCAGAUCCAGCAGUCUCUCACGUUAAUGCCUUCAAUAAGCCAGUUAGUAAUGUGCAAGCUGGAUUGCACCAAGUUCAUUCAUUCGAAUCUGAUCAGAAGUCUAUAAAGUCGAAGACCUCGCAGUUGGCAGCGGAGAGUCGUACUGCUUUUAAUGAGCAGGAGAAAGUAUUUCCGCUGGGUCAACCCCAUACAAUGGAGGUUCAAAUCAAACCAUCCAGUUCAACUAGGAGUUGUACUAAGGUUCUCAUGCAGGGAAAUUCUCUGGGUAGGUCUGUAGACCUUACUAAGUUCAACAGCUACGAUGAAUUGAUCGCUGAAUUGGAUCAAUUAUUUGAGUUUGGAGGUGAAUUAAUGGCCCUUCAAAAGAAUUGGCUAGUUGUUUAUACCGACAAUGAGGGUGAUAUGAUGCUUGUAGGCGAUGAUCCCUGGCAGGAGUUUUGUGCCAUGGUUCGCAAGAUUGGUAUCUACACUAGAGAGGAGGUCCAGAAGAUGAAGCCACGGUCGUUGAGUUUAAAGGUGAACGAUCAACCAGUUCCUGCAGAAGGCGUUGACGCAAAAGAAGUGCAAUGCCCAUCAGCAUCUAGUGCUAAGAAUUGAUUAACCUCACUGUAAUGGUAUUACAGGUUUUUGGUGAAGGAAUCUGGAGUUGCAAUAGUGACAUUCCUGCUGGUUAGAACAUGAACUUACUAAAGUUGGAACUUAUU